AUGGAGGGGGCAUUGGCGGCCGUGCCGCCCGUGGAGAUUGAUCAGGGGGUGUUCAAGUAUGUGUUGAUUGAGCUGCAAGAGGCCAAUGGUGCGAAGCGUACGCUACUGCGCGGUUAUACACAUGCAGAGUAUCAUGAUGAUGUGUAUCAGGCGGUGCGGCCGGGUCUGGAUGCUUUGGGUCUAAAGUCUCGCGUGCUGGGCGGAGGUCGCAUCCGCCAUGUUCCUGAUCAAGAAAUUUUCGUCUAUGGCUACUCGAUGGCAUAUGGGCAAGGUGAUCAUGCUCUGGCCGUGGACAUGCUACGCAAAGCGUAUCCCUCUUAUCCCAAGAUUCACUUUUCCAAUGAGGGUUAUUGA